AUGAUCGCUGCAUUCGGGCACAUCCUGAAUUCGUUCAAAGCGCUCCUCCAACGCUCCCAACGUCGCUCCCUCGGCCCCUCCUCCCCUGCCCCGCCUCAACCCACCGCCGCCCCUCCCCUCCCUCCUCCCCCUCCUCUCUCCCCCACACCCCCACCCCAUCCAGCCAGCAUGCGGGCGUGGCACUCCCCUCCAGACAGCGUGCAGUGCAUGAGAGGGGGAGCUCCGGGGAAAAGCAGAGACCCCAAUGAACCAUCAUCCCAAAGCAGCAUGCAGAGCGUGGACGAGCUCCGGGAGAACUUGAACACUUACAGGGAGCAGCUAGAGCAGGUCUCGGAGUUGCUUAUAGAGGAUCCUGACAAUGACGAGUACAAGGAGAUGGCCAGUGGGCUCAAGGAGGUCAUCGAGCUCACAGAGGACCUGCUGAGUGCAGCGGAGCAGCAGACGCAGGAGGAGCCACCACCAGGAGGAGAUGCAGAAGCAGCGGCAGUUGCCGCUCCCUUCAUUCCCAUGGCGUUUGUGCCGGCCACUUCUGCUGCUACCACUGAUCCAGCAGCUGUAGCAGCAGCCGCAGCCGCUGCAGCAGCAGCAGGGGGGACAGCAGCAGUGUCGUCUCGGAUCGCAGUGGGCGCGUCGGUGCAGGCGGCAUGGGGGGUCACUGCCGGCACUGCUGCUGGCGGCAUACGCAGCUCUGAGUGGCUUGAGGGCGUGGUGGACAGUGUGACAACAGGAGGCUACGUGGUGCGCGAUGCAGGCGGGCAGAUGCACGAGGUGCGAGAGACGAGAGUACGACGGGUGGAGGAGAGCGAGGAGGACGCGAGGCGGCGAGCACAGGAGGCGUUGGCAGCCGUUGAGAGAGAGGCGGAUGAGACAAGGAGAGCGCUCAAGCGAAAGCUGGAGGAAGCUUCCAGGACGGAGCUGGUGAAGAAGGAGAUUCCGCUCAAGCUGAGAAUCAAACCAGAGGACUCGGAAGAUGUGAAAGUGGAGAAGAAGCGGAAGAUCCAUGCGUUCAAGUCGAAGCAGCGGAUGGAGAUGCUGGAGGUGAUGACAAACAAGAAGCAGAACACGUGGCAGCAGUUUCAAACCAAGGGCAUUAAAAAGAAGGCGGGCUUCCUGACAGGCCGCAAGAAGGAGAGCAUUUUCAAGUCGCCAGAGGACGUGGGGGGGAAGGUGGGGGUGGUGGGGAGCGGGCAGGGCAUGACAGACUUUCAGAAGAGAGACAAGAAUCUCAACCUGCGCGCACAGGGCCAGGCAGAGGAGGACUAG